AUUCUUCCCCUCUCUACAACCCUCUCUCCUCAGCGCUUCUUCUUUCUUGGUUUGGUGAGUUGUGUUGGCCUGACUGGCAUGCAAGGGGUGUCAGAGGCCAGGGCUGGAGAAGGAGAAGGGGAGGCUGGUGGGGGCCAGAUAUGCUAAAGAGAUCCAGAUGUGAGAUUCUGAUGUGGAACUCUGGGUAGAUUGUGUGCGUGGGUGUGCAUGUGCGUGGGUGUGCAUGGCACACACACACAUGCAUGUAAGAGGGAGGAAAAAACAAACAGAAAAGCGAGCAAGUGACUGGAUUUGAGCUCUCCAGGUGCUUCUGAGAUGUGGGCUUGCACAUGCUGUUGCUAUAGUACGUGUUGGUAUGUAUGUGCCUGUGGGUAUCUGCACUGGCUCAUGUUUGCUGGGUUGCGCACUCGGGAGCAGGAAGCAAAGGAAAGGCAGAAGGCAACUGUGGGCCUUUGUCUGGUGGUGUGCCCCAUGAGCCUCUGCCCUGCACGCAGCAGCCCAGCUGGAGAAGAUCCUGACUGCUGUCAUGGCGUGCCCUCUGGAGAAGGCCCUGGAUGUGAUGGUGUCCACCUUCCACAAGUACUCGGGCAAAGAGGGUGACAAGUUCAAGCUCAACAAGUCAGAGCUAAAGGAGCUGCUGACCCGGGAGCUGCCCAGCUUCUUGGGGAAAAGGACAGAUGAAGCUGCUUUCCAGAAGCUGAUGAGCAACUUGGACAGCAACAGGGACAACGAGGUGGACUUCCAAGAGUACUGUGUCUUCCUGUCCUGCAUCGCCAUGAUGUGUAACGAAUUCUUUGAAGGCUUCCCAGAUAAGCAGCCCAGGAAGAAAUGAAAACUCCUCUGAUGUGGUUGGGGGGUCUGCCAGCUGGGGCCUUCCCUGUCGCCAGUGGGCACAUUUUUUUUUUCCACCCUGGCUCCUUCAGACACGUGCUUGAUGCUGAGCAAGUUCAAUAAAGAUUCUUGGAAGUUUU